UUUCUUGUUUUUCACUUUGGUUUUUUUCCCUCAGUUUCAAUGGAGAUGGAAUUGGGAGAAAAAAGAACAAACAAAAAUCUGAUUGGGAAGUUACUGGGAAAGGGUCCUGAUUUCUUAAAUAUGGGUUGGAUCAUGAGGACGUGGAGGCCUCGCAAAGGCGUACGAGUGACGGUACUAGGAAACAACUUUUAUUUAUUCUCCUUCGAUUUGGAGGAAGACUUCCUGAGAGCAUGGGCGCGGGGGACAGUGUUUAUGGGGAAACAAUGCCUGGUGGUGAGAAGAUGGCAUCCAAAACUUGAAGGGGAUGAUAGGAACAUGUGCUGUGCACAAGUGUGGAUCCGGCUUAGUGGACUCCACUACCAGGAGUUGCUUUCUUCAAAGAUAAUAUCUGAGAUUGCAUCGGAAUUAGGUCAGGCCAUCGCCAUCGACAGUUCGGAUGGUGAAGUAAGCAUGUGCGUUGAGGUUGAUGUGAAUCAACCAUUAGUCAUGGAGGUGAUGGUGGAGGAUGGAAUGGGAGGAGGAGUUUGGCAGUCCCUACAGUACGAGAUUCCUAUGCUAUGUUUCAACUGUGGAAGAAUGGAUCAUCAGAAGGAAGAGUGCGUGAAUUAUGAUCCACGUGGAGAUGGUGAUCAUGAAUACGGACCUCAUAAUAUGGCUCCCAUGAAGCAUGCAAGGGAACCGGUCUUCGCGUCUCUCCGGUACGUGAGUUGGCGCCGGCCUUGUUCUGGAUGGGUAAAGCUGAACUUCGACGGUGCAGUGAAGGGAAGAAGCCAAAGAGGCGGGGCUGGCGGCCUACUGCGUGAUGCGGAAGGUGAAUUCAUGACUGCUUUUGCGACGCCUGUAGCGACUACCAGAUCAUUAUUUGCUGAGGUAUACGCGCUUCGAGAAGGGCUGGAGUUGGCUGUUGAGUGCGGGGUGGAGUACCUAUGGAUCGAAGGAGACUCCAGAAUAGCCAUUGAGAUGUUGAAUGGAUGGAGGGAAGCUGAGGCAGAAGAAAAGGCGCUUAUGGUGGAUAGCCGGAAUCUGAUGAAGGGGUUCAAAGGAGUAACUGCUAGGCAUGUAUUCAGGGAAGCAAACCAGUCGGCCGAUCAUCUAGCAAACCUGGGUGUAGAAGCAGGUGUUCAUCAGGAAUGGCGAUCAAGAUGCAGCCCGCCCCCUUCCUUGUUACCUUUGCUGUGGAGAGACCUUGCAGGCUGCUUGGUACCACGACUUGUUUUGUAG